AUGUCUCCAACCAAAGUGGAAACAAUCGAAACGCCCUUCACAUCCGGCGCCGUAAAAAGCGGCAGUAGUCUGGAUUUCUGGAGGUCAUAUGUACAAGCCCGUCCAAGCCCGACUGAGGACUUCUUCCGUCUCAUCAGCCAAUACCACAAGACGCAUGGCAACGGCAACACUGGCCUUGCUCACGACGUCGGGACGGGGCCAGGUAACAUCGCGGCAAGACUGGCAACGUACUUUGACCGUGUCGUCGGCUCAGAUGUCAAUGACAAAGCAUUAACCGCCGCGCCGGCUCUGUUGCCGCAGGAACUUGGGGACAGAGUCACCUUCAUCACCUCCCCAGCAGAGGCGCUGGCAGAGAAAACACCAGUUCAGGCUGGUGGCCAGGGCAACACGGACCUGAUUACCGUGAGCGAGUGCAUGCCUCUGCUAGAUGCACCCAAGGCACUCGAGUCGUUUCACCAACUCCUUCGUCCCGGUGGCACUUUGGGCAUUUACUUCUAUGGUCCCUGCCUCUUCGCCGACGGAGAUGUGGAAAGCUGCAACAAGGCCUAUGACAAGGUCGCAACGCGUAUAUGCCGCUUCAACCAGCCAAUGAAGGGCACGCCAGGGUUUCCUUUCCACCUGCGCGGUGCUGAGACUUUGAUAAGCUACCUGGAUAACAUUGCCAUACCGCAAGCGGAAUGGGAGAGCGUUGAGCGCCAUAAAUGGAACUGCGAUUUCCCCCUCAUCUUCAAUAGCAAGGCUGGAUUCGAUUUUGACUUCAACCCCGUGGAUCGAAGACAUGAGAACGAAAUUACCAAGCAAACAAUAGACCGCAAUUUCUGGGGCGCAGACUGGUCUAUAGAGGACGUCCAAGCGUACUUGGAGUCGGUCUAUCCCAACUACCGACAAAAGGCUGGCCAUCAAUAUUCUAAAGUGGAGGUCUUGUUGGAAGAGCUGCGCGAUGCCAUGGGCGGCGAAAGGAGAAAGGUGACAUUUCCCGUCGUGUUGAUCCUGGCUACGAAGAAAGCGGCCCCUGAUGCUCCCAUCAAGCCUGUUGGUAUCGUCCCAACGACAGCCAACAGGGUUCAACUCUCGGUAAACUCUUCGAUCCUUGGUCGAGUCAAUGAAAUUCCAGCCGACGCUGUGCAGAAGGCCAACGAUUUGCUACAGAAGAAUCAUGAUGAGUUGCACAUCUUUUGGCGAGAUGUCAAUGGCCACAAUCACAUGGCACACUCUCUUCUGACGACGUUUGCCAUGGGCGGCGAUGGUCGCGAACUGCAGCGUGCAUACGACGACGGCAUCUCGGUCCAGCGGCCGGCGCCAGAGCUCGACAAUGAUGUAGUAAACGGCCUCGCCGACGACGACAAGAUGCUUGGGAUACUGGGCCAAAUUCCCCAAUACACCAACGUCCUUGCGUUUUUCGAACGGCAGAUAGACCAAAGCAACUGGAAGGAGGUCCUUCAUAGGUACUGUUUCAGUCGGACAAGACUGGCAGAUACUAUUCUGGCCCGCAUGUACGAGGGUGCGUAUCAUCCCAUCAUCCACCUGGGUCUCGGAGUCGAAUUUGAACAGCCUAGCAUCAUUGCGGAAGCUCUCGCGCAGGCCGUGACACACCCGUGGUCCGGUAUUCCCGAAUGCCUCCUACGAAGUGACGAGCUCGCCAGCCAAAUAGGCCAUCAUGUUCCCAGUCCCUCUCUUGUAGAGCUCUUCGAGCAGGCCCGAGCAAACGACGUCAUUCUCCACGGCCCACGCUGGGAGGACAUGGGGCUCAAAAUGAGAGACGGCGUCCUUGGGAGAUCAAAGGAUGCCAUCACCAACCUGGCGGCACAACUUCGCGUUGACCCGAUGGACUUGGAGAGGCGAGCUGCCGAAUCCAUCAACUGCAGUGCGUUUCUCGCCGGGGCGUCACAGCGAUCCGACAAGGCACCCAAGAUUGACUUCUUCCAUAUGCAUGCGGUAACGAGUUCCAUCUUUGUGACAGUUUUGCUCCGGCAGACAUGGAUCAGCCACGAGAACAAGGUUCGAAUCGUGGAAUGGAAGGGCCGCACUGAUCUUCUGUGGUAUGCGGCCAGCAGGUGCGCUGCGCCUCGCAUCGAGGAAAUCGUCGAAUACGAGGCCAAGGCGAGUUCAUCGAUGGGCUGGAGCGAGCUCUACCGCGCCAUCAACAAGAUGCACGAUGACGGCCACGUGGCCAAGUUUGUGCGUGCGCUCAAGAGCGGCCAAGAUGUCUCUCGGCCCUUUGAGAAACAAAACCCGGCCAUGUUCCCUCUUCAGGGAGACGCGUGGCUGAAUCUGGCACGGAUGGCAUAUGAUUCCACUGUCGGACUUGCAGACGAGGCAAAAUGGGUUUGGGGCGCUGGAUUCGAGCAAGCUUGGGCGAAUGUCCCUGCCAGAAUAUGA